GGGCUGAGCUCGGAGCCGCGGCGGGCGCGGGAAGCGGGCCGGGGCGCGAGCCGAGCGCAGCCUCCCUCGCCAGCCGGGCAGAGCGGGCACCGCGGGCGGAGCGGGACGAGCGUGCCGGCGGGCGGAGCGGGGCACGGCGCGCCGGGGCCGCCGCCGGGGGGGAUGCAGCUGCCUCCCCGGGCCGGCGUGUAGAGAGGGCGGGUCCCCGGCCUCGGGAGCGCGGCGGUGGAGGGGACAGAGGCGGCGGCCAUGGCGACCCCCGGCAACCUGGGGUCCUCCGUCCUGGCGAGCAAGACCAAGACCAAGAAGAAGCACUUCGUAGCGCAGAAAGUGAAGCUCUUUCGGGCCAGCGAUCCGCUGCUCAGCGUCCUGAUGUGGGGAGUAAACCACUCGAUCAAUGAACUGAGCCAUGUUCAAAUCCCUGUUAUGUUGAUGCCAGAUGACUUCAAGGCCUAUUCAAAGAUAAAGGUGGACAAUCACCUUUUUAACAAAGAAAACAUGCCGAGCCACUUCAAGUUUAAGGAAUACUGCCCGAUGGUUUUCCGUAACCUGCGGGAGAGGUUUGGAAUCGAUGAUCAGGAUUUCCAGAAUUCCCUGACCAGGAGUGCACCCCUUCCCAACGACUCCCAAGCCCGCAGCGGAGCCCGGUUCCACACGUCCUACGACAAGAGGUACAUCAUCAAGACCAUCACGAGUGAGGACGUGGCCGAAAUGCACAACAUCCUAAAGAAAUACCACCAGUAUAUAGUGGAAUGUCAUGGGAUAACCCUUCUUCCCCAAUUCCUGGGCAUGUACCGGCUUAAUGUUGAUGGAGUUGAAAUAUAUGUGAUUGUUACAAGAAAUGUGUUCAGCCACCGUUUAUCUGUAUAUAGGAAAUAUGACUUAAAGGGCUCUACAGUGGCUAGGGAAGCAAGUGACAAAGAAAAGGCCAAAGAACUGCCAACUUUAAAGGAUAAUGAUUUCAUUAACGAGGGUCAAAAGAUUUAUAUUGAUGACAAUAACAAAAAGGUAUUCCUGGAAAAACUGAAGAAGGAUGUCGAGUUUCUUGCCCAGUUGAAGCUCAUGGACUACAGCCUCCUGGUGGGAAUCCACGAUGUGGAGAGAGCCGAACAGGAAGAAGUGGAGUGCGAAGAGAAUGACGGAGAGGAGGAGGGGGAGAGCGACGGCACCCACCCUAUCGGAACCCCCCCCGACAGUCCUGGAAAUACGCUCAACAGCUCACCGCCCUUGGCUCCGGGCGAGUUUGAUCCGAACAUUGAUGUUUAUGGAAUUAAAUGCCAUGAAAAUUCGCCUAGGAAAGAGGUGUACUUUAUGGCAAUUAUUGACAUUCUGACUCAUUAUGAUGCAAAAAAGAAAGCUGCCCACGCUGCAAAAACUGUUAAACACGGCGCUGGUGCGGAGAUCUCCACCGUGAACCCAGAACAGUAUUCCAAGCGCUUUUUGGACUUUAUUGGCCACAUCUUGACGUAACGUCCUGCAUGGCCGAAGACGGACGUGAGCGUGGGAAGGACAGAGGUGGCUUCAGCACAGGAAAAAUGAAAACCAAACUCAGUGAAGCACACCUCCUCGCUUGCAUCUUCAGGCCAAGAUGACUGAUUUGGGGACUACUUGCUUUAACAGCUACCUGAUAUUUCCCAGCAUCACUCUAGCUAUUUCUGACUUGGGUGUGUAUGUGGGGGGGCGGGGGGCGUGUGCACACACGCGCACGUGAGCAUCUUAAAAACUGAUGGAAACCGACUUCGGUCAGAGUGUGUUUGGGGCAGUAACCCUCUGAUUCCAGCUGUGGACGAAUGAAUGAAUGAAUGAAUGAGUGAGCACAUGCAGGGGGGAGGGGAGAAGGCAAUGCAUGUCAGACCAACCAGGUUGGCACCACACGAUAAACUGUGGAUCAGUUUAUUUUUUGGAGUUGAAAGAUGUGAGACGGUAAUCGUAAUAAUAAUGUAGAUAAUAAUGAUGAUGAUAAUAAUAGUGAUGGUGAUUAAAAGGAAAAAAAACUUACUGCAGAUGUUACACUUCUACCACGCACGCUGACACUCCUUAAUAGUUGCACCCCGGGCGCUGGACGGAGGAGGCUGGCAUCUCCCGCGCAUCCUGGUUCAGGUGUCGGGACUCACGGUGUCUGGGGAAAAACGCCCCUCCUCCAGCAGGAAGCUGAUGCCCCUAGUGUCUCUCUCUGUACAUUUUCACCUCAGUAAAUAUGCCCAGGAAAACUGCUUACUUCUCUUUUCUUGCCUGGAGCUUCUUCACUGACACACUCUUACGUUGCAAUAUAGUAAUUAAUGCUACAAAAUAAAAAUAAAGCUUACCUGAAAAGUGCAGUUUUGGGCAAUGGCAUAUACAUCUCCCAUGGUGGGAAGGUGAGCAAAGCAUCUAGAACUCUCAAUUUUCCAGUUAAACAGUGGUAUUUUGUUAUGCAUUUGCCCUGAACUGAAACCCUCAAUAUUACUGUUUACAUUAUUAGGAAAACAGGGAUAUUUUUGAAUCUAAAAAUUUAAUGUACAGCAUGUGAUUUUUGAAGUUUACAUGUAAAGUCAUUUUACAGUGUAGGUGAAAUGUCUGUCAUAUUUUGAAAUGUAUCCUGCAGUCACAUUUUAAUGGUAGGCGGUCUUUUACAGUAAAAGGAAAAGGGUUGUUUUCCUCCGAUGGACAUUUAUCAACCUAAUGAUUUUUUUUUUUAAGAAAAUGUUUAACCCAGAUCUGGUUAUGCAAGUUCAUUGCCCUAAACUGUGCUGACUGUGUCUAAUCAAUUAUAAAUUUCCAACAUCGAUCAUCUAUUUACCAACUUGCUGGCAUUUUCUGAAAGGUGUCAAGCUAAAAUAUUAGACUUGCUUAGAAUAGGUUAUCAACUUAUACACUGUGCUAAAGCUGUGCCUUUGAAAUUCUUUGUUUAAAACGUGAGAUGAUUUUUGUAGGCAGGUUCA